GUCCAACAACACUCACCGGCACUUACCAACUCACCCAAACCGUCGACAAGAUGCGCUUCUCGUUCGCCAUCGCCCUCGCCUUCCUCAGCGGCCUCGCCGUCGCCAAGAACGCCACCGAGCUCGAGGCGCUCGUCACCGACCCCACCAACCCGCAGAACCUCAUCAACUGCCCGCCCGGCGGCGGUGCCGACGGCUGCCAUCUCGAGACGAGGUGCGACCGCAUCCGCAUCAACUACGGCUACUCUUUCAACGGGCACUACAUCUGGUACAACUACAACAUCAACUCGGUGCCCGACGGCAAGCGCAUCGAGAUCGACAACCAGGGUACUUGCUAAAGGGCCGAGGAAAUUAGGAGGAGACAAAUGGUGCUCUCCAUCAGUAACGGCGGGGGAAGUGGGGUCAGAGGGAGGCUGCAGUAAGAACGAGGGAUGUAUGCGAGUAUACUCUAUAUUUUCCGCGACG